ACAAAGAUGGCGUGCACCUGCUCGCUCGAUUCGAUUUAAAAACCACCAGGAAACGGUUCGUCCCUGAAAAAACUACACAUUAUUUAUCGCUAACAACACUAUAAGCGUAAAGAGGACAUUCUAAGGAACAUUUGGAGACAUUUGGUCUUAUCGAGAUACAGCAUGACUGAUACAGAAUCUGUCCCAGUUGCUUGCGACGAAACCCAAGAACCAAAACAGGAGCCAGGGCAUAUGGAAUCACGGGUAGCCAAACCUAAAAAUAAAAAGUGUACAGACGCACUCCUGCCAAAAGCCAUCGAAGUAGAGAGGAAGUUUGUCGUCACUGACGAUUGCAAAGAAAAGCUGCUAGAAUUGGGAGCAGAACUUUUUAAAACGUCAGAAUUCACUGAUGAGUAUUUCGAUGUCGAACAGUACACUUUGACAACUCAUGAUUUUUGGCUGCGAACUCGGGGCGGAAAGUUUGAACUAAAGUCUCCGGUUGUGAAAAACGAUCUAAAUACGCCUUCUUCGCAGUAUCAUGAACUUGACGAUGAAGCGGCCAUCUUGGAAAAGAUAGCGGGAGUCUUAGGGAAGGAUCCUGGCACCAUGUCCCUCCAUGAAUACCUAGCUGAGACCAAAUGCUCCGUGUUUUCUUGCUACACGACCAAGCGGCUGAGUUACAUGCUAGAAGACUUCGAGAUUGUUCUGGACGAGAUGGACUUUGGUUUUAGUAUCGGCGAGAUUGAACGAAUGGUGGAUUCCGAGUCGAAGAUUUCCGAGGCUUUGGUGGCUAUCGACAGUAUGGCAGAGAAGCUAGGGUUGAUAGGACGGAAAAAGGUUCCCGGGAAAAUGCGCGCCUACCUGAAAAUCAAGAGACCCGAGCAUUACCGAGCUUUGGUUGAAUGCGAUGGCAUGGUUGAGAGCAACGCCUAACAGGAGGUAUUCAUUUCCACGGAUGUACAUGCCAGACAUCCGUGUCAUUAUGGAUGUCCACUUUUGAUUUGAAACACUUUAGCAAACUUUGCUCCUGUGUAAAGAAAGUUUGUUAAUGUCAGUGUCCCUCCAAAUAAAAGGGCCAGCGAGCUUUGGCUUAUGAGACACUAUUUACUUCCAAACUCCUCUCUCUGAUGCCAGGUGCCUGGUGAGAAGGUAGUUGGUACCCUAUAUUAAACUAGCUUGCCAGAAUGUAAUGUGCUUCUUAUCAUCCCAAAGAUUUGUGAUGCCAAAAAGGUUAGCCAACCUAUUCUUUGUAGCGAUGUUUCAAUCUGUACAAAACCUUUGGUACCAACCCUGCCUCUGCCCUAGAUGAUGUUCUAAUGACUAGAAAUGUUUUCAUGUAGUCAUUUCAGCUUGUAACAUCUUUAAAAAUCUUGUACCUUGUAGAUGACAAGCUAAACGAACCACAUAUAAAUGAAGUAUCUUUCAUAGUAAGGUAAUCAAAGAAAUUAGAAACAUAAGUUCAUUUUAAGAGUUAAAUUCGAUGAUUUGUCAUUAGUAUACAUUUCUUCUCAAGUCCUCCUUGAUCUUACAAGUAGCUAUAACAUGACCUGGACCGACAAAUCAACGGCUUGAAAUCCUUGUUUUAGAGGAUUCACAUUACGAAUCACGACUUAAGUGUAUUGGAUAGCAAGAGGAGAUGACAACACUUCAGUCGCUCACGUAAUGUUUUUGUAAUUUCAAGUGGCAUGUCUAACGUCAAGAAAAACCUAAGGUAGUUAAGGAGGCAAAGCGUGACAAAGUCUUCCAACAUAUUUAGUGUCUUAAACAACACUUCAGGUCAAAUUUCGAUACGGAUAAAAUAUCUCGCUAAUUGCACUCUGCCGUGAGUGGAUAGAUCGUCUAUGCAAGUUUUCGAAGGCGUUAAGGUUGUUUGCUUACGUCUUGAGGUGUUUUGUUUUGUUUGUUGGUGGCGCUAGUGACACUAAUGAUAGCAUGGUUGCUCUAGUUCAUUACCCGAUGAUUUUGGGUCUCCACUUUUUGGGGACUUUACAGAAACUGCAUGUUUCGAGUAAAAAUGAUAUGGGAUUCAGAUGCUGAAAUUCUUUUGCAGAUAUGGACUAAUUGUUAUGAUCCUUUAUCAGGUUCUAUAAGCCACUAAUGCUGUCAGGCCAAUAAGACUUCGGGCAUUCUGAAAAUGCCUAUACUUAAACUAGGGCCGACCUGCUACAGCAGUAAGUGCAUGCAUGCCAUCUUUGCUCCUGUUUGCUGAACUAUAGGCGCAGGCAAUGGGAGUUUGGGGUUGAAAUGAACCGCUCUUUUGGGGAAAAUUCAUUUAAAUUGACCACGUAAAACCGCAAUGACAUCUUUUUACCACAAAAGUCCUUUUGUUUUUGGGAAAUGCCCCUUCCUCAGGCAGAACCCCCUCGAGCAGAAACCCCCACGAGAAAUUCUGGCUACGCCUAUGUUUGCUAACGAAUCGUAAGCUUUUGUAAUAGCAUGUUAAAUCAUUUCGCUCGGCUUUUGUAAUAGCAUGUUCAAUCAUUUCAUUGCAUAACACGAUAAUUUUGCUUUUAUUUUUGCACCCAUUCCAGCGCAAGUUUUGGGGAAUAAGAGAUUGAAAAAUGUCAAGAUAUUUGUGUAAAGGAAACCACAAUUUGUACUUUAAGGAUGUAUACUUAUCAGUAAUCUAACCAAUUUUCUUUCAACUUAUCUUUUAUACUAAGUAAGUUUUUUGUAUAUUGUAAUGAUCAAGCAAAUUCUAGAAACAAAUAAGAUAUUGACGAAAACCAUUGUCAUGUCGUGAUGAAAUUGUAUCAUUUGAUUAAAAAAGUUAUGGUUCGUAAUGUUUCAAUGAAUUGUAUUCGAAUGCCAUUUUUGGCUCACCGUAGGGGAGUCUAUACAAUACCGCAGUGUCCGUCGUCCGUCGUCGUCGUCGUCGUCGUCGUCGUCGUCCGUCGUAUCCUAGUUCAAAAACAGUGGCACGUUUCUUAACCGCUAGGCCUAUGAACUUAAAACUUUGUACACAUGACCCCCUAGGUCAGAUGACCCGUGACACUAAAUUUCUGUCCGAUCUGAUUCUCUACUUGGCCACCAGGGGGCCAAAUGUGGAUAUCUAAAAAGUGUGAUAUCUCGCUUAUUAGUGGCUUGUUUUCGAUGAAACUUUUGUUGUAGGUACUCAUAGCAAAUAUACAUCUUAUAUCAUACGGGUUUUUAAUUUGACCUACUUUUCAAGGUCACCGAGGUCAUGUGGCGUAAAUUGGCCGUUAGAGUGUAAACUAUGGCACGUUUCUUAACCACUAAAGCUAUGAACUUGAAACUUGGUACAUAUAACCCCCUAUAUCACAUAGCCUCUGGUGCUGAAUUUCAGUUUGAUCUGAUUCUCAACUUUGCCACCAGGGGGCCAAAAGUGGAAAUCUAAAAAGUGUGAUAUCUCGCUUAUAAGUGACUUGUUUUCGAUAAAAUUUUUAUGGUAGGUACCCUUAGGAAGAAUACAUCACAUAUCUUACGGGUUUUUAAUUUGACCUACUUUUCAAGGUCACAGAGGUCAUAUGGCGUAAAUUGGCCGUUAGAGUGUAAACUAUGGCACGUUUCUUAACCACUAAAGCUAUGAACUUGAAACUUGGUACAUAUAACCCCCUAUAUCACAUAGCCUCUGGUGCUGAAUUUCAGUUUGAUCUGAUUCUCAACUUUGCCACCAGGGGGCCAAAAGUGGAAAUCUAAAAAGUGUGAUAUCUCGCUUAUAAGUGACUUGUUUUCGAUAAAAUUCUUAUGGUAGGUACCCUUAGGAAGAAUACAUCACAUAUCUUACGGGUUUUCAAUUUGACCUACUUUUCAAGGUCACAGAGGUCAUAUGGCGUAAAUUGGCCAUUAGAGUGUAAACUAUGGCACGUUUCUUAACCACUAAAGCUAUGAACUUGAAACUUGGUACAUAUAACCCCCUAUAUCACAUAGCCUCUGGUGCUGAAUUUCAGUUUGAUCUGAUUCUCAACUUUGCCACCAGGGGGCCAAAAGUGGAAAUCUAAAAAGUGUGAUAUCUCGCUUAUAAGUGACUUUGUUUUCGAUAAAAUUUUUAUGGUAGGUACCCUUGGGAAGAAUACAUCACAUAUCUUACGGGUUUUCAAUUUGAUCUACUUUUCAAGGUCACAGAGGUCAUAUGGCGUAAAUUGGCCGUUAGAGUGUAAACUAUGGCACAUUUCUUAACCAGUAAAGCUAUGAACUUGAAACUUGGUGCAUAUAACCCCCUACAUCAGAUAACCUCUGAUGCCAAAUUUUGGCUCGAUCUGAUUCUUUAUUCGGCCACCAGGGGGCCAUAAUGGAAAAAGUAAGAAGUGCAAUAUCUUGCUAAUUUUUAGCUCAGCUGACAAGCUGAGCUAUUCAUAUGAGUAAAUGGUAGAAUGAAUGUCCGUCUGUCUGUCUGUCUGUCUGUCUGUCUGUCUGUCCGUUAAACAGGCACGUUUCAAAACUAUGGCGGAUAGGCGAUAGAUUUUCCCUAUAAGCCAUUUAGACCCUUCAGGACUCCUGAAUAGACCAAGUGUGGGUCCGGCAGGAUUAACAGUUUGGCCACCAAGGGGCAAAAAGCCUAAAUCACAAAACAAUUUUUUGGCGCUUUAUUCAAGCAGAUAGAAGCUUGAAAUAAAGUUGAAAAGGACCGCAUGCAUGUAGGUCUUGAAACUACUAAGAGUAGUUUUGAUUGUUACUACCAGUUGGCGUUACUGAGCCAAAAUCUGUGUUGACCUAGUUUAAGCUUGAUUUGAAUUUCCCGCUCUUGUAUGACUCUGAAGGUUGUGGGUUCCAAUCCCACUUCGGGUCAAUUUUUUUUUUUUUUAAUUUUUACUUUUUUCACUUGUAAAUACAUUUUCUUUACUUUUUUGAAUAAUUUGGUGGGCGGCCAUCUUGGUUUUUUUUUCUAUUUUAAAGCCUUUGCUGUAUCCAGAGUGACAUGAAUUUUAUGGUUGGUGUACAAUAAGUCUCCUUUACAUGAUAUCACAUGGGCUUUCUAUUUGACCUACUUUUCAAGGUCAGCCUGGCUCAGGCACUUAGAUUUGACUAAUAAGUGGCAUAUUUGUCACCAUUUAAAAGUCUUUUUACUUUGGUAUGUUUGCCUGAUAUAUUGACAAAACUGAGGUUGAAAGAGAUCUAUCGGGUACUUUCCAUGUUCAUAUAUUUCAGCUGAGCGCCAGGCCCUUGGGCCUCUUGUUAGUGAUUCGUUUUCAAUAACAUUUUUAUGGUAGGUUCUCCUAGCAAGGAUACAUCACAUGAGUUUUUGAUCUGACCUGCUUUUCAAGGUCACAGAGGUCAAAUGGCGUAAAUUUGUCGUUUGAUUGUAACUAUGGCACGUUUCUUAACCACUAAAGCUUUGAACUUGAAAUUUGAUACACAUGACUCCCUACGUCAUGUAACCUCGGACACCGAAUUUCGAUCUGAUCUGGUACUCAACUCGGCCACCAGGAGGCCAAAACUAAAAUAGGUAAAAAGUGCAAUAUCUCGUUUAUUAUUGACUUGUUUUUGAUGAUAUUCUUAUGGUACUUACUCCAAGCAACGAUACAUCACAUGUCAUACCGACUUUGGUUUGACCUAUAUACUAUACAUGUACAAUGUGUCUUAAUCUGGAUGAAUUACAAAGCACCAAAUAUCUAUACGGUGAGCACAAUGGCCCCUGGCCGUUUCAUUUUCACUUAUCCUGUUUCAGAACAAAUUUGUUACUAAAAUUUGUAAAAUAAAUGGAAAGUGAAAAAACCUACAUAAUAAAGAUGCUUUAAAUUUCA